UUGAAAUUACAUUGUGUAUUACUAUUUAAAAAUACUACUUUGAUCUUACCUCUGCGAAAGACGUUAAAAACCCUUGAUUUUAAUUAACGUAACUGCUCUGGUUAAAGUAUAGCUGAGACGGUUUCAAUAUAAUAAAGAUAAGAAACACCUUUUUACAUAUCUCACUCCUCCCCACUGUUAGCUCCACCUCUGCUCCAUAUUCACCAGAAGAGUCCCUGGUAUUUCCCAAUCCCUGUGUAAAUCAGUGAGAGGAGGAGCAAACCUGCCAGAGGAGCGGUUACACGUCACACUCAGGAAACAAAAGUAAAGUGUGUCAGAGAGGCAGCCACACUGCAGUCGGGACCAGUCUCUGUUUCUGUCUAAAGAAAAUACAAACUGAGUUCAUCAGAUCUUUCUCAACAACACAGCACAGUCUGUCUAACACUGGUGUAGAUAUGGCUGCUAAAAAUCUGCCAUCUGAAGAUCGGUUUCUCUGCUCCAUCUGUCUGGAUGUGUUCACUGAUCCAGUCACUAUACCAUGUGGACACAACUUCUGUAAAAACUGCAUCACUGAACACUGGGAUAGAAGUGAUCGGUGUCAGUGUCCCAUGUGUAAAGAGGCUUUUACCACAAGACCAGAUUUGAGAGUCAACACUUUCAUCUCUGAGAUGGUCGCUGAAUUCAGACAGUCGGCUCCACAGAAAGCCAGCAGCAGCAGCUCAGAGCAACAGGUCUUCCAACCAGAAGAGGUUCUCUGUGACGUCUGCACUGAAACCAAACUGAAGGCCCUGAAGUCCUGCCUGGUGUGUCUGACCUCCUACUGUGAGACUCACCUGGAGCCUCAUCUGAUAAUGUCAGGCCUGAAAAGACAUCAGCUGAUCGACCCUGUGGAGAACCUGGAAGACAGGAUGUGUCCGAAGCACGAUAAACCUCUGGAGCUGUUCUGUAAGACCGACCAGACAUGUGUCUGCAUGCUCUGCACUGUUUUGGACCAUAAGAUGCAUAAACUGGUUCCGCUAAAAGAAGAAUCUGAAGAUAAGAAGGCCCAGUUGGGGAAGACAGAGGCUGAAAUUCAGCAGAUGAUCCAGAAGAGACAACUGAAGAUUCAGGAGAUCAAACAAUCAGUCGACCUCAGUAAGGAAGAUGCAGACAGAGAGGUAGCAGAAGGGGUUCAGGUCUUCACCGCUCUGAAGGAGUCUGUUGAGAGAGGCCAGGCCAAUCUCAUCAACACGAUCAAAGAGAAGCAGAAAACAACAGAAAAACAGGCUGAGGCUUUAAUCAAAGAGUUAGUCCUGGAAAUCUCUCAGCUGAAGAAGAGAAGCUCUGUGGUGGAGCUCCUCUCGCGAUCUGAAGACCACCUGCAUUUUCUCCAGAGUGUGAAGACCCUAAACAUCCAACUCCCAUCACCCACCAAGGACUGGAGAAAUGUCAACAUCCGUCAAUCAUCAUAUGAAGGGACGGUGGAAAAAGCUGUGGCUCAUCUGGAAACGACACUCAGAGAACAGAGGAAACCGCUUAAGGCUAAGAUGAAGGUGGUCCAGCAGUACGCAGUGGAUGUGACUCUUGAUCCUGAAACAGCACAUCCCAAUCUCAUCCUGUCUGAUGACGGCAAACAAGUCAGUCUUUGUAAAAUGACAAAAAUACUACCAUACAACCCAAAGAGAUUUCAUUAUUCCGUUUGUGUUUUAGGUAAGCAGAGUUUCUCUUCAGGAAAAUAUUACUUUGAGGUUGAGGUCAAAGGAAAGACUGAAUGGGAAUUAGGAGUGGCCAGAGAUUCCAUCAACCGGAUGGGAAAAAUCCAACUGAGCCCUCAGAGGGGUACGUGGAUUGCCUGGUUGAGAAAUGGAAAAGAGUACAAAGUUUUUGAUGACCCUCCAGUCCUUCUCUCUCUGAAAUCUCAGCCUCAGAAGGUGGGGGUGUUUGUGGAUUAUGAGGAGGGUCUGGUCUCCUUUUAUGAUGUAGCUGCUGCAGCUCUGAUCUACUCCUUCACUGGCUGCUCCUUCACUGAGAAACUUUACCCAUACUUCAACCCAUGUGUUAAUGGUGGUGGUCAAAACUCUGCACCUCUGAUCAUCUCUCCUGUCAGAGUAAGUACAAAUAUGGCUGCUUCAAACUAUCUGCAAUCUGAAGAUCAGUUCCUGUGCUCCAUCUGUCUGGAUGUGUUCACUGAUCCAGUCACAACAUCAUGUGGACACAACUUCUGCAAAAACUGCAUCACCAAACACUGGAAUUCUAACUACCAGUACCUGUGUCCAAUGUGUAAAAAAGUGUUCAACGCAAGACCUGAGCUGCACGUUAACACUUUCAUCUCUGAGAUGGUCGCUCAGUUCAGAGAGUCUGCUCAACAGAAAGCCAGCAGCAGCAGCUCAGAGCAACAAGUCUUCAAACCAGGAGAAGUUCCCUGUGACGUCUGCACUGAAACCAAACUGAAGGCCCUGAAGUCCUGCCUGGUGUGUCUGACCUCAUACUGUGAGACUCACCUGGAGCCUCACCUGACCGCUCCAAGCCUGAAAAGACAUCAGCUGAUCGACCCUGUGGAGAACCUGGAAGACAGGAUGUGUCCGAAGCACAGUAAACCUCUGGAGCUGUUCUGUAAGAUCGACCAGACAUGUGUCUGCAUGCUCUGUGCUGUUUCAGACCAUAAGAUGCAUGAUGUGGUUCCUCUCAAAGAAGGAUAUGAAGGGGCGAAGGCCACGCUUGAGGUUCAAAUUCAGCAGAUGAUCGGAAAGAGACAACUGAAGAUUCAUGAGAUUAAAGACUCAGUCGUCCUCAGUGAAAAAGAUGCAGACAGAGAGGUAGCAGAAGGGGUUCAGGUCUUUACUGUUCUGAUGGAGUCUACUGAGAGAGGACUGAACAAGCUCAUUGAUACGGUCAAAGAGAAGCAGAAAACAACAGAAAAACAGGCUGAAAGCUUCAUCAAAGACCUAGAACAGGAGAUCUCUGAGCUGAAGAAGAGAAGCUCUCUGAUGGAGCGUCUCUCACACUCUGAAGACCACCUCCAUCUUCUCCAAAGCUUCCCAUCCUUGAAAGUUGCUCCACAAAACAAAGACUGGACAAAGGACAGCAUCCGUCCGUCAUCACAUGAAGGGACUGUGAGGAGAGCUGUGGUUCAGCUGGAAGAGACACUCAGUAAAACACUGAGGACGCUUUUUAAAACUGAGUUGAAGAGGGUUCAGAAGUACGCAGUGGAUGUGACGCUCGACCCUGAUUCAGCACAUCCUGAACUCAUCCUGUCUGAUGAUGGGAAACAAGUUAAACAUUGUGCUGUAAUGAAGAAUCUCCCAGACAACCCAGAGAGAUUUUCUUACUGUAAUUGUGUCUUAGGAAAGCAGAGUUUCUCUUCAGGCCGAUUUUACUUUGAGGUUGAAGUUAAAGGAAAGACAGAGUGGGAUUUAGGAGUGGCCAGAGAGUCAAUCAACAGGAAAGGUUAUAUCAGACUGAGCCCAGAAGAUGGUUUCUGGGUUAUAUGGUUGACAAAUGCCAAUGAGUACGAAGCUCUUGAUGGUCCUCCAGUCCUUCUCUCUUUAAAGUCUCAGCCUCAGAAGGUGGGGGUGUUUGUGGAUUAUGAGGAGGGUCUGGUCUCCUUUUAUGAUGUAGAUGCUGCAGCUCUGAUCUACUCCUUUACUGGCUGCUCCUUCAACGGGAAAAUCUACCCAUACUUCAGUCCUGACUGUAAUUCUGAUGGUAAAAACUCCGCACCUCUUGUCAUCUCUACGGUCAUGGUUCCCAAAGGGCCGGAGCUGAUCCCACUUGCCAUGGAACGAGGGGCGGGGAACACCUUCGACAUGUUGCCAGUCAACUACAGGGCUGACGAAGGGAGAAUGGUCCGGGGGACCGGUGGAAAACUUAAGCUGCCGCUGAAAAAGGGAAACUCUACAAAGAGCAAGCUUUUGCUGGCGAGUCCAAUGCCUAAUCCCUCUUUCUGUGAGGUGAAGCUGCCUCCUGCAUCAGCCUGCCGCCCUAAGAUCAGAUUUAACAUUGAUUAAGUAUGAAAAAUAAAUACACAGGCCUGUUCUUUAGCCUUUAGUAUCUACAGACUGCAGUAUGUCUUUGUUAUAGUUGUUCAAUAGAAUAAAUACUGACAGAUGUUUCCAUUUACUUAAUUACUGUGGCCAAUUUUGGGUUUUGAUUUGUGAAUAUUGGUAAGGUGGUUCUUUUCAGUAGUAUUUUGUUUCCGUUAUAGUUUAAUGUUGUGAUCUUUAAUAUUUCAGUCCUUGUUGAUCCGACGACACCGCUGGUUACUUGUGAACAAAGCAACAGUGUUUUGAUACAAGUGUAAAGCAACUUGAGCAACUGCUUAGUCAGAACUACAACAGAAAAAGCAAAAAUAGAGCAGGAGCAUAGCAAUAGAGCAAGGAAAAGAGUGUCUGGUCAUGCACACUGGCUAGAAUGGCAGCAUAUUGUUUUUAGGAGCCUCGAAGAAAAGAGGCAUUGGUGAAGGAGGGUGACAAACGUUGUGUAGAAACAAUUUCCUUUCUCCAGAAAACAUUUACAAAUGUAACUCAUUUUCAUUUUCUAUGUUUUACUGGCCUGUGCCACAAGAAAAACACACCACAAUAGGCGAUAGACUCCUUUCCCGUUGCUAAGUAUUCGUUUCUGAUUGUAUGCGUCACGUUCAACGCCACGGACAAAACAUGGAAGCAGGGUUCGUCGAAACUGAAAAUGUUCCAAUGAUUACUCCUUUGUGUUACUUAUUCAGCUCGUCUUUCAAAUCCCUGAAUCAAUGAUGGUGAUUGAACAGUAGAAAGAGAAAGCUUAAUCAGUUUGUUUCUCGCUGUUGUUUUGUUAAAUGUUUUUUACGAGGAGAGCAUAUUGUUUUGUAUGUUUUUAAUGCAUAAUUAUGGUUCAAAUCCCCAGAUGCCAGUGAGUGUUAGUGGGUAUUUUGUUCAGUGUAAACGGGGAUGUUAGUGGGUAUUUUGUCCAGUGUAAACGGGGAUGUUAGUGGGUAUUUUGUCCAGUGUAAACGGGGAUGUUAGUGGGUAUUUUGUUCAGUGUAAACGGGGAUGUUAGUGGGUAUUUUGUCCAGUGGGGGGAUUUUCAACUUAAUUCCCCAAGCCAAUAAAGAAAGACCAACAUGAUUUCAAUAAACCUACGGCAAUCUUUCUCCCUGCUAGUAAUUCUCCUGUGAUGCAGUUGGAGCUAACAGGGUAAAUAUUCCACAGCCUGAUGUUAACAAGGAAAGCAGCUGCACUGAACUGCUUGUCCUGAAACAAAAGAAGGGUGGCGAGUCGAGGCGUGGCAGCAUCGGGGACCCCCAUAAAUAUCCCUGAGCAGGCAGAGUAUGUCAGAGGACCAGGGAAAUACAGCAGCGUCAGCAAGAAUGAACCCUGCCGUUCACGUCUCCUCGUAUCAGGCCGUCAACCCAGACACCUCGCCGAAUACACGGUUUGGUGAGGGCUGAGACACCCGAGAGCUGCUGGUGUGACUUUUGAUUCAAGGCAAAGUCAACUGCAGUAAGAGGAGACACCCGAGUGAACCGUUCCUGCAGUCACACAACAGGGUCGGGUACGGCUCACAGAUUAGAAAAACAAAGAUUUGGUAUCAACUUUCCAGGCCACAAUGUUUCUUGGGAAUCAACAGGCAGCAUGAGAGGCAGGUUUCUGAGUUUGGAGGGCAAAGACUGAGCACAGGUCAUAAAUCUUAACCACCCCCUCUCUCUGCAGGGUCUCCCCCGGUCUUCUACACCUCUCGUAACAGCUCGUUAGGGCGCAGUCCCCCCAAACCUCCCACCCACUCAGCAAAAGUAUCCGAUACCAGCGUCGCUUGACGUAUUUUUGAGACCCAAGUUCAGCUUACACUACCAUUUUCCUGAGUAGGGGUGCUACUUUGAAAAGUAGGUCUAAACAUUAUUUUCUAAUUAAGUGUCAAGCUUUGCUCUCUGGAGUUGAGGGGGGGGGGGGGUCAGAGCAAAGCGACCAACUAAUUAAAACUGGGAUAUUGUCGUGACUAAAAAUAAGCGAGGUUUUCCCAGCAGCCCUGACACUGACCUUUACAGAGGGAUGAGGCAUUUUUAGCCCCACAGUGUUGGGAGUCUGGGUCAGACUGCCAGCAAAGUUCUGCAGAGGAAGGGGCAGCAUGUGGGGAUGUUCACAUCCAUCUCCCACCACCAUCAAAUCACUAAAUAAGUGUGUAUGUAGACCAAGAAGUGCACACCAGGUUAGAUAUUUUGACCUUUUCAGUUCAGUUUUUCAGAAUCAACACUUGUUCACCAAUGGAAGUGCAAUUAAUUCUUCCUUUGAUUUGUAAGAAACACAGAUUUAAAAAAGUACAUUUUGAUUUAGUUUGGCAAAGUGUUUUCUACAGCGGUUUGACAAUAUUACACACCGAUGAAUUUGAUGUUUGACAAAGUUGUGCUUUCUUUUUUGAUUAAUAAAGAAUGUUU